AUUUGAAUUAGUCGCUUCGUGACGUUUGAACGGUUCGAAACAUACACGCGACGCCCACACACGCCGAACUUUACCCGUUAGCCGUGCCCGAUUUAACCGCUACGAUGUUCAGCGGCCGACUAGAACGCCGCCGCCAAUAAAUUCCAAUAUUUUAACGAUCGAGAAAGAAGCGGAACAGCUUGCACGUGACUGGAACGGGGCAUGUUAAAGGACGCCAACCAGGAGUUGAUUAAACGUCGCCAACUGACGACGCUCCCCAUGACCGACUUCGCUCGUCAGGUGGCGCCCGCACAGCUGCCUCUGCCGCUCCAAUUGCCGCUACCUCUGUCUAUGCCGCUACCGCUUUUGGCGAAGACUCCGACUACCGAUCACGCCCCCAUGCACUCCACGCCCCCAACGACGCCGCCCACGCCGCCGCCUCUGCCCUUGAACAUGAGUCAGGCGGCAUCGGCAGCCACAGAAGCAGCGACUCCUUCGGGGCACAGUCCACCAGCCACUCCCCCCUCAGGAGGGGCACCAGGUGCGAGCUCGGCCCCACAGGAUCACUACAGCCUGCGCUGGAACAAUCACCAGAACCACAUCCUGCGAGCCUUCGACGCACUGCUGCAGACCAAAACGCUGGUGGACGUGACUCUUGUCUGCGCGGAGACCUCGAUCCGGGCCCACAAAAUGGUCCUCUCCGCCUGCUCGCCCUUCUUCCAGCGCGUCUUCGCGGAGACGCCCUGCAAGCAUCCGGUCAUCGUCCUCAAGGAUUUCCGGGGCUGGGUGGUGCAGGCCAUCGUGGACUUUAUGUACCGCGGAGAGAUCAGCGUCCCGCAGCAGCGCCUUCAGACCCUCAUCCAGGCCGGAGAGUCGCUUCAAGUGCGGGGCCUGGUGGAGAGCUCUGUGCCGGAGCACACGCCCACUCCAGCCGCCUCGCCCGAUGACUUCGGGAUGAUGGACGCAUCGAUGCUCUCCUCCAGCUUCGAGGACGAGUCGCCCUCGAUGGUUCGACCGUCUGCGGCCGGGAAACUGAUGAUGCCCUCCGCCCGCCUGUUUGGCAACGCAUCGAACUCGAUGGCUGCACUCAGCCUGCGACGCAAGCGGGAGCCGGACUGCGACCGCGAGUUGGAGAGCGACCAGGAGCUGGGCGGGAGUUCGCCCAUGCCUCGACGCAAGCAAGCCCGCCCACGCCGCCGAUCUGGCGACGUGCCCCACGACUUUGCCCUCAACAAGACCGACACUGAAUCCUUGCAAACUGUGAUCAAGCACGAACUGCUCGAGCGAGCGGAGAGGGAUCACGACGAGGACCAUGACGAGGAUCACGCCCAGAGUGAAGCUGACAAAAAUGAUUCUUCGCCAGCGGAAACGUCGAUGGACCAGGCCAAGGAGAAGCAGUCGCUUAAGCCAGAAGCACCCGAUCAACCCCUGAACCUCAAUGAGAGCCACCAUCAUCUCGAGCUGGACGACGAGGACGAUGACGAUCAUGAUCGCGAGGAGGAAGAAGAGGAGCAAGACAUCGAAGAGCUUAUUCACACGACCAACGAGCUAAGGCGGCAGGCGGCCGCAGCCGCUGCCAACGCGGCCGCCAUGUCGCCCACCCCCUCGCCCUGCCCCAGCGACGGGCCCGAGGACCUCUGCACCACCAAGAAAGCCAAGGACGGAAACACCAGUGCCACCCACUCGUCCGACUGUGAGUCCAACAACAACAACAGCAGCAAGCUGCAGGACAACAACCAGCGCAUAAUGCUGUCCCUGAAGGACAUCCGCCAACUGAACGCCAACCCGAACCCCACAGCCAUCCACACGCCCACCAGCUGCUCUGGCGGCAACAACGGACUACUUAGCUUUCCACCGCCAGGACUUCGGCCACCAGGACUCCCGGAUAGCCCACCCUGCCACAUGGAAGCGCUGGAGGCGCAAAUGCACGCUGCCGCGGCUGCGGCCGUGGCUGCAGCUGGAGCCGGGGAGCAUCCCUUCCACCACAUGGAGCACCAGAUGGAGAUGUCCUUGGCGGCCGCAGCGGCUGCGGCUGCAAUGCACCAGCGAGAGCCAAGGGAUCCCCGGGACCCGCGCGACCACAACGCAUUUGCCAGCAACCUGCUGGGGCCAAUGGGGAUGCCCCCCUUCGGAGGACAUAACGGAGGUCAUCCGGGCAACAGCGGCCCAGGAAACGGAUGUCCCGGACAGGCUGCGCACGAGCGGCUCGAGGAGAGUAUGAAUCGACUGAGCAAGGAGCUCGGCAAAGAGUUCGGCAAGGACUUUGGCAAGGAGUUUGGGAAGGAGUUCGCCCCAGCGUCGCCGAUGAGUUUGCCGGGACACUUCAAUGCACCGGAUGGACCUCCGCAUCCGCCGUCGCCACUGCCCUUUCCUGGCAUGUCCUCUGCGAUGACGCUGACGCCGCCUCACAUGUUUGGUCUGGACUCCCCUCUCGGACUCUUUCCACCAGGAAUGGAUCCUGGCAAGCUCUACAACCCACUGAUGGAAAUGAGCGAUCCAAGGGACAUGCCUGGCGGGCCGCCUCCAUUUCUUAAAAAGAAAAUGCCACGACCAAAGGGACAACACUCGGCGCCUCGCGGCGGUCCUCCUCGGUCCUGGACCAACACUGAACUGACGGAGGCACUGCAGCACGUGUGGAACAAGAAGAUGACCACGUCGCAGGCCUCGCGCAUCUUCGGCAUCCCCUACAACUCCCUCCUCAUGUACGUGCGGGGCAAGUACGGAAAGAGCUUGAAGCUGGAGCAGCUACGCAAGGACUGCAUCAGCGGACCACCAAUCGAGAUGCUGCAGAUGGGCAUCGGCGGAGGCAACGGGGGCGGCAGCGGCUCCAACAAGAGCGAGAAGAGCAAGGAGCGCAAGGAGAAGGAGAAGGACAAGAACUCCGGCAGCAACAACGGCUCAGGUGGCUCGUCGAAUGCCCAAGGUGGCGGUCCGUCAUCUGGAAACGGAUCAUCAAUGCCGCAUCCCGGUGAACUGGGCCCCUUGGGACCGCUGGACUUGGAGCUGGGUCUUCCCUUGGGUCCUCCUGGCGGACCCCGCAGUGGCAGUUCCGAGCCGGACCUGCUGAGUGGCCCCAACGCCCUCUUCAAUCCCUUUAACCCGCAAGGCUUCUACCCGGACUUCGCCGGCGGCUUUCCCGGUCUCCCCUUGAGUAUGCUAAACCUGCUGCCGCCGGCUGAGCGCCACCAUGCAGCGGCUGCCAUGCACCACCUCGGCGUGACCAUGGACGAGGACUGCAAGUCCGUGGGAUCAAAGCAGUCCUCCUCGAUGGACGACGACUUCGCGGGUCCCGGGAUGCCACUUUCCCUGGAGCAGCGUCGGGAGAUGAGCGCGACGGGCCCACCACUGACACAGUCGAACGGCGGAGCUGGGCAGGAUUGAAACUUGUGGCGGGAUUGGGCAACCGGGGCUGCCAACGCCAAUCCAAUGUACUUCCCUGCUUUCGAGCUGGACCAGGAGCAGAACCCGACUCCGCAGUCCCUGCCUCCGCGACCCACCUUGCACCAAAUGGCCUGCCGUGAGCUCAGCUUCAAGCCCGACCUGUUCAUGGCCAGGCGCAAGCUGAAGCGCUUCCGGGCCAAGCGGCAGCUCCAGGCUCCGUUGGAAACGCCUACAGCAGCCGUUCCUGCUCCCUGUCCCGUCAGCCACGCGUUGCCACCGCUGAGGACUUGA